AUGCAUGGUGAUGGUGGAAAUACAGGGUCAGUCUGGGAGCCAGGGGUGUACUCCGGCCAUACCUUUAGGAAGUGUGCUUCUGGUUCCGAGAGUCUGGACUGUGGCCAAAUGAAAAAGCCUGCUAGAGCAAUUUUGAUGGAGUGGGCUGAAUUGCCCAGAGGAGAGGAUCCAGACUAUUAUAUUGUAACAUACCAGCGAGCAGAUGCUUUCAGUCAAAAAAAUGUAAGAAACAUUUCUAAAAUUGAACAGAAACCUGUCAGUACUACAAUUCUGCUUGAGGAAAAUAAGAAGUAUGAUAUUACAAUAGAAGCCCUAAAAAAUGGCCGAAUCUUAAGUGUAAAAUCAUUUAAAACACGUGGAAUUUCAGAAAAUGACAUCAAAACAUCAGUGACAGCAACUACAGUGUCUUUUAACUGGAGUACAGUCACCAAGGAAUUUUCAGUUUCAGUUUCACUGAAUGAUACUUCUCAGGUUAUAAAAAGCCGUGGAGGAUUCUUUGUAUGGAGUAAUUUGACACCUGCCACCUUGUAUACGUUUAAGUUUAUUUUUGAACAACUACAUCUUGAAUUUAUAAAUAUGUCUCAGUCACUGGAUGUUCAAGUUGAAACAGGCACGUGUUCCCAAGGGUGGGUGGCAUUCCAAAGCAGCUGCUAUCGAAUGAAUAAGGAGAGCAAGACGUGGAAGGUGGCACAACAAAUCUGUGAAAUGUCUUCCCUUGGGGCACAUCUUCUUGACAUAGGGAGUGAAGAAGAACAUGGUUUUGUUUUGUCUUAUCUCCAGACAAUUAGUCAAAUAAUCAUGUUAUGGAUGGGCCUUAAUGACCUAAGGGAGGAAGGUCAGCUCGUGUGGACAGAUGGAUCUCCUUAUCUUCUAAAGGCUGGUGUGUCAACUUUGUCAAUGAUACCAGAAAAUGAAACUGACUGCUAUGCCCUUCAGAGAGAUCCCACUGGUCCAGGCUAUUUCUUCACAGGAUUUUUCUGCUAUAUACCACUACCAUAUAUUUGUGAAUAUGAAUUACCUCUGAUACCAGAAAACUUCACAUUUAGUGUGCGUGAUGUCACAACAACUGAAGCUGUAUUUAUGUGGAGUGAUAUGGACGUGUGGCUUAAGUCAGACUUUGCACUUGUAAUGAAGUACUAUUUUGAUCAGAGGAAACCAUACAUUCUGAAAUUGCCUGUGAAUACAACUCAAACAAAAAUUAUGCAGUUGUCUCCUGGUCUUCACUAUAGUUUUUUAUUAGCAGCAAGGAACCCAAAAGGGGCACAGGCUAUUUUAAAUCCAAUUCUGAAGGUAGAAACAAGACCAUUGCACUCCCAGAAGCUGGAGGCUACGUAUGUUUCAUCAGCAGAAAUACAUUUAAAGUGGAAGCCUCCACAGCAUUCAUCCAGUGCUUCUUUUCAUUACUACCUCAUCAAGAUUUUGGAUACUGAAACCAGCAUCUGGGAAGAGUUACCAGUUGAAAAAAGCAAGACUUCAAUAGUAAUAGGAAAUGUAAAACCUUAUCAUCAGUAUCAGGUAUAUUUACAGAAUGUGGCAGAGAAAGGAACUCUAAGCUGCCAUGAGAAGCCUAUAUUAAUCACAACAGCUGUCAGUCCACCUACAGCUGUUUAUAUUCACCCAGAGGAUGUUCAGGAAGAGAGUGUAAUCGUUCACUGGAAGCUGCCACAAGAGGGUCAGGAAUCCUACAUUCAAAUGAAACCCAGUGCAGACAUAGGUGAAACUAAGAAGUUUUUAUUAAACAAUAAAGAAGAAUUGAAGGUUGAUCUCCUAAUUCCUGGAAUGACUUAUGAAAUAGCAGUUGCAAGUGUAAAUAAUGGAAAUAUGAGUGAACCGAAGACUGUUCAAUGCACUUUAAAGCCCAAGCCUGUUCAGAUUGUAGUUCCUUACAUACUUUAUAGCAAUGCUGUGGUGUUAUUUGUUCGCAUGCCUGAUACUGGAGUAUUUGAUGGCAUAUAUGUUACAAGUAAAGGAGGACCUAAUGUGACAUUCAUUUUAAAAAGUGAUGGUAAAAUAACAAUUGAAAACCUUACUGCAGGAACAGAAUACGAUUUCUGUGUCUCCACAAAGAGUGGAAAAAAGCUGAGCUCCUUUUACCAUGUAUCUGGUGUAAAGACAUGUCUGGCAGCUCCACUCAAUGUGCGAGAAGGUAAUGUUACAGACACUUCGAUAGAGAUUGCUUGGGACCGUGCUGAUGGAGAUUUUCAGCAAUAUGAAGUUACAUGUACAAAUUGUGCAAGUGCUUUCAGGGUCCAGAAGGUCAAGCAAGAAACAGCAGUAUUUUCCAACCUUACUCCUGGCAAGCUGUACAACUUUACAAUUCGAACAGAAAAGGAAGGUUUCAGAGACAGUGUUUUUGUGCUGAAGGAAAUAGAGACAGAACCAAGUGCAGUUAAAUAUCUGAACUAUAGCAGAGACUCUGAAUCAAUAAUUGUUACCUGGCCACCAGCCCAAAAUACGUUUGAUGGGUAUGUUCUUUCAAUAAACAGUAAGGUCUUCAAUGAGGAGAAGAUGUUACCUUCCAGUGUAAGAAUGUACAAAUCUGGGAGUCUUCUGCCUGGCACUGAAUUCCUAAUAGGUAUUGUGACAACCAAUGGAUUAAAAAGAAGUCACCCAACCAUCGUCAAAAUUAGUACCUAUCCUGAUCCACCUUCAGAUUUACAGGUGUUUGGGCAAGAAGAAAAUACAGUCUAUUUUUCUUGGAAACUACCAAGAGGAGGAUUUGAUAUGUUUCAGUUUGACAAGACCAAGUGCAAGAUCCUGCAGCUGGGUGGGUGCAGUCCCAAACACAACUACAGCUUGGAUGGAGAAUGGAUUGAGAGCAGCCCUGAGGAGAAAGACUUUGGGGUGCGGGUUGACAAGAAACUCAACAUGAGCCGGCAGUUUGUGCUUGCAGCCCAGAAAGCCGACUGUAUCCUGGGCUGA